GUCAUCUAUCAUAUGACGAUUUCGUCACUGUCAUUGAAGGAUUUGUUUUGACGAACAUUUUGAGUUUAUCUAGUUGUUUAACAUGGCUGUUUGUACAAUUACUUCUAAGGCUUGCCUUAUUCUCGUCAGUUUAGUAUUUUGGGCAGCAGCAGCAGGACUCUUCUUCAUUGGAGGAUGGGUAUAUAAUACUUACCACCAUUACAAUGAAUUAACAACAGCUAAUUUGACUUUGAUUCCAGCAUCAAUCAUACUAGCGGCUGGAGUAUUUAUGUUCAUUCUUGGUAUCUGUGGAUGCAUUGCAGCUUGUAAAGAAAAUAAAAUUUUACUGGCUGUGUUGUUUACUGUCUUGUUGAUUAUUCUGUGUGCUGAAGUAACUGCUGCAGGUCUUGCCUAUGGCUUUAGAGAGGAUGUUAGAAAGGCUGUCAAUGAUGGGUUAGAUGAUGCCCUUCAGAAAUAUAAAGGUACCAUGAAAGAUCAGAUGGACUAUGUACAAAAAGAGCUUAAAUGUUGUGGAGUAAAGAAUGCAACAGACUGGAGUAGUUCUAAAGGUUGGAACAAUACAAAAACCGUCCCAGACAGUUGUUGCAUAAUGAAGAACUGUACAGCAGAUGAUCGCAAACCAUUCAGCAAGAAAAUCUAUCAGCAGGGAUGUUACGAUGAAUUGAACAGCAUCUUUGCUAAAAACCUUGGAUACAUAUCUGGAGUGUCAGUUUCCUUUGCAGUGCUUCAGAUCCUUGGCAUGAUAUGCAGCUGCAUCCUGUUCUGUAGAUCAAAGGAAGUACGGUAUGAAGUACUAGGAGGACCAAACUCAGGUCUGAGAGUAUGAGAAUCUCCACAAUAAUGCUUCACUAUCACAACUGUGCAUGUGCACCUCAUAUCAGUUGUGUGUAUUAGAGGGUACCUAAACUAUGUUCGCAGUAGAAUGUCAUACAUUGCUGAAGUUGGGUGCACAUUGAAACAAUUAUUAUAGAAGUACUUAUUUUCUACUAGUUUCUAUUGACAUCUGUUUCAUUGUUUUUACACUCAUCGUGUUUCUGUGAUAAUUAUGAUAACAGUUAUAAAGGAAUGUGUCCAUAAACACUUAAAUAUGUAGAUGAGUUUGCAGACUGUUACCAUGGAAGUGCAAACCUUUUGGUUAGUUCAGGAAAGAGUAUUAAGAAAUCAAGCAGAAAGAGAUUUUAGAUGGUAAAAGGGUUUCAGUACUUUGUAAUUUAUGUGAAAUGUGACAAAAAGCUAUUAUUAUAAAUUAGUACAGUAAUGGCAUAAGAUUUCAUUUUUCUACUUUAAUGAAUGUUUUGAUUUUUACAAUUUUCUAUAUGUCAUCACCUGAAAUUUACAAAUAAAUUUGAUAAGUUAUAGAAAAUAGUUUUACCACAUGUUGACACAUUUUUUCAAAACAUAUGUAUUAGUUAGUUACACCAUUGAGUGUUUUUAUUCAGUUUUAUUCGAACACAACAGUACAUAAUAUAAUAUGCAUAAUAUAUAUAAAGACAUAGAUCUGGUUUAAUGAUCAGAAGACUUUUUAUUACAGGUAGGAUAUGCUAUUAUUUGGAAUAUUACCAAUUGUUUUUUUUUUUUUUGGAACUACCAAAAAUACUUUCCUAUACUCAAUUUGGAUUGUAGAUACAAGUUUACUCUUGUGGUAAAUAUUAUAAAAGAAUCUCAACGAAAUAUUAUGUAUGCAUAUCAUCUGUUUUAUUGAUCUGUGAAAGUAUCUAAAGAAAGAUUUAAAAGGAAUUUUAUUUCCAAAAUGUAAUGUUUCAUUUAGUGUUAAAAUCUGAUGGGUGACGCACAGAUUCCAAAUGGAAUUUCUCAAAAAUACUUUCAUAGUUAUUAUGAGUUACAAAAUAUCUUUUGUGUUUUCUUCAAAUAUAACAGUUAAAAACAGUUUCCAACCACACAAUGAAUAAUUU